GGGUUCCAAUUUCAUCAUCGAAAUCAAACCAAGCCCAUCCAUCCAUCAAGAGGAGAGGAUUAAUAUAUACAUAUGGCCGUCACGGCGGAGGGAGAGUCGCCGCCGGCGCCGGCGCCGGCGAGGUGGCGAUACAACUCGCCGCUGGUGCAGGUGUGCCUGAUCGGGCUGGUGUGCUUCUGCUGCCCGGGGAUGUUCAACGCGCUGUCCGGCCUCGGCGGCGGCGGACAGCUCGACCACACCACCGCCGACAACGCCAACACCGCGCUCUACGCCUGCUUCGCCGUCUUCGGCGUCCUCGGCGGCGGCGCCCACAACCUGCUCGGCCCGCGCAUUACCCUCCUCGCCGGCGCGCUCACCUACCCGCUCUACGCCGCCUCCUUCCUCUACUACAACCACCACCCCACCCGCCCAGCCUUCCCGGUCACCGCCGGCGCGCUGCUCGGCGCCGGCGCCGGCCUCCUCUGGGCCGCCCAGGGCGCAAUCAUGACGUCCUACCCGCCGCCGUCCCGCCGCGGCACCUACAUCUCCAUCUUCUGGUGCCUCUUCAACCUCGGCGGCGUCCUCGGAGGCCUCCUCCCCUUCUCCCUCAACUACCACCGGGGCGCCGACGCCGCCAGCGUCAACGACGGCACCUACAUCGCCUUCAUGGCGUUCAUGCUCCUCGGCGCCGCGCUCAGCCUGCUCCUCCUGCCGCCGGCCAGGAUCGUCCGCGACGACGGCACCAGGGCGACGAGGGUGACCUACUCCUCCGUGUCCACCGAGGGGUGGGAGAUCCUGAAGCUGUUCACCAACUGGAGGAUGCUGCUCGUCCUCCCGGCCGCCUGGGCGAGCAACUUCUUCUACACCUACCAGUUCAACAACGUCAAUGGCCUCCUCUUCACGCUCCGGACCAAGGGGCUCAACAACGUCUUCUACUGGGGCGCCCAGAUGCUGGGCUCCGCCGCCAUCGGCUACUUCCUCGACUUCGGCUUCGCCAGCCGCAGGAAGAGGGGCCUCUUCGGGGUCGCCGCCGUCGCCGUGUUCGGCACCGCCAUCUGGGGAGGCGGCCUGGCCAACCAGCUCCGCUACACCGACGGCAACUGGAACGACAAGCUCAUCGAUUUCAGGGACGGCCGCCGCUACGCGGGCCCAUUCCUGCUCUACUUCAGCUAUGGAUUGCUGGAUGCCAUGUUCCAGAGCCUCAUCUAUUGGAUCAUCGGCGCACUCGCCAACGACACUCAGAUCCUCAGCAGAUAUGUUGGAUUCUAUAAGGGGGUGCAGAGUGCUGGAGCAGCUGUUGCGUGGCAAGUUGACAGACAAAAGACAAAACUAAUUCCUCAACUGAUUGUGAAUUGGGCGCUUACUACAGUGAGCUACCCAUUGCUUGCGCUCUUGGUUUUCUUAGCUGUGAAGGACGACGACAAUUCGGUUUCUUCUGUUGAGGAUGGAAAAGAGAAAGAUAGCAAACUGUCUGCACCAACCAGCUUCCACUGAGGAGAUCCGGAGUUUUUCAGCGUGUUCCUUCAUAUACAAAUACAUCUUAGAAAUCAAAUGAGUAGAGUGAUUUAGGCCAUGGUACAGUGAGUGAGUUCUCUUCUGCAAUCUUUCUUGGUGUCUACAGAUGUGUAGCUUAUGUGGUUAAUAGUGUUAAUUGGUCAUGUCGUAUAAUUCUUGCUGAGCUACGAUUAGUUCAGUGAAGCCUAUACAGCUGUAGUAUAGUACUAGCAUUGUUUCAACUGCUAUGUCAGAAGAUAGCUAUGGUUUCAGGCUGUCAUCUGCAAGAUUGCUCCCCAACAGAUACAAGGGUGCUCAGUUAGCUCUUCAUUGUAGUGCAGAUAUUGCUGCUUCCUGCAGUUUGCUUUGUCCAGAGAAGUGUGCUUCUUUUA